GCGCUUGAGUUGUGGCUUUUGUUUUGAAGAUAUCUCCCUCGUGUAGCACCUUCGGUUCAGUUUAAUGUGUUUAGGCGGCAAAGAAGCUUCUACAGAUGGUCUUUUGUCGAUGCUAAGCGCCCUCGAAGCCUGUCUUGCUGUCGUGGGAAGACAUCAACAUUCGUCAACAUUCGUUCACGCGAGAAAGCUCUCAAGUCGAUUGAGCUGAACGUUUAUCAAUGGAGCCUAAAAGUGGUAAAGAAUUGAGGAUCCAAAUGCCCGUAUCUGUAUCAUCUUGCACAGAACCAGUCGUAGCUUCGCCUAUGACACAGCUCGCGAUGAACUUUGAAGGCAUUUGUACAAGAACGCCGACAGGGCCGAAAUGUACCCCAAGACGGAAGCUUUCUUUAGGUGAAAUCGACAACAACACCGGUACGCCAAUUUUAUCUUCCAAGAGCUUUUCUCGACGUGUGUCAAGCGAAUCAGGCUAUUGUCCCUCGCCAGACAGACAAGGCUCUCUAGAUUCUCCAUCAGCCGAUUUUAUAAGUUCCAAAAGGCGGCGUUCCAUUUCAAAGCCAAUCAGGAGGUCUGCAUUAAUACGAAGCAUCUCAUCACCAUUUGCCAGUUGUGUGAAUGAUGAGGAGAACUUGUUUAAAGACAAUGCUGAUGGAAUUCCCGAGGAAAAUGUCGAUGCAAACAACAAUAAAGAAAAUGAUUUUGAGUUUGCAAAACCCACAAUGCCCAUCUACAGAAGUUCAUCAAAUUCGGGAAGGCAAAGACCCAUCUCAGCACCACCCGAGCUUAUGUCCGCAGGAAUGGCGUCUUGUAUGGAAUCAAAUGAUGAUUGUGAUGAAAUGGUCGCGCAUUUCUCUGUUGAUGAGGACGAUGAUGGAUUCAUAGAUUACGCUCAGCUGGAACAAAAUAAUGAGGAUGAUGCUUUUGCAAUCUCGUCUACGGUCGCAGGAUUAAUGACAAAGCCUUUGUCGAGCUCUGCUUCGAGUAAAUCCAAGCUGGAACCAUGUGGUCUGUUUCAUCCAAUCACAUGCAAAAGCGCUAGCCCGGAUGUAAAACCACGACGGUCUAAAUCGGUGUCAAUGAAGAGACCAGUUCCUCCGCGCGAUCCCAGUCCUGAAGAGAGAAAAAAGUUAAGAGCAAGGUGCUCGUCUGCUCUUGAGGCAAGCUGGAAUUCACCGUUACUACUUGCUGGUGAUAGAAAACCUCCCAGAAGUCCUUUAAUGCGAUCAAUGUCUGUGAUCGAACCGAGAACCAGACUGGAUAUCGAUACGUAUUUGAAUGCAGGUCAGGACAAUAGCAAUUUAACAGGCGAUUUUAGCAAGCAAAAUAUUUUGCCAACGAUAAAAGGCCAGCACCAGGACCUCAAGACAGUCACUCCGCAAACGGUGGCGCAAGUUUUAAAUUGCAACUAUCAAGCCAUCGAUCAAGUGUAUAUCAUAGACUGUCGCUAUCCUUACGAAUACGAAGGAGGCCAUAUCAGGACGGCGAUGAAUAUGCAUACCAAAGAGGAAAUUUUCGACUUCUUUUUGAAGAGACCAAAAUCGAGCCCGGACAAACGGACUAUUUUAAUAUUUCAUUGCGAAUUCUCGUCAAAAAGAGCGCCUACAUUAUACAGAUACUUACGUAACAAGGACCGAGACAGCCACACGCAUUGUUACCCUAAAUUAUUCUACCCAGAAAUCUACGUUAUUCACGGUGGUUAUAAAGCUUUCUACGAAACGUGCAAAGAAUACUGUGAACCACAAACAUAUCGACCCAUGGCCGACGAAAACUACACCCUAGAAUACAAACGUUUCUCCAGACGCUCAAAGUCAUGGUCAGACGAGCAAUCUGUUCGCAAGAGCUAUCGUCAGGGACUGAAAUUCUAAGAAAUUAUUGAAUAUUGUACAUAUUAAUAGUCAUUAACUUAAGCCGCUGAGGCAACACCUGUAUAGAUUAUUUUUUCCAAUUUACCCGAAAUGUAUUUAAUAUAAUUUAUAGCAACGUCAGGCACAUUUUUCGGGCCAUCCUGUAUGCUGGCAAAUUCAGGAAAUUUUUCAAUGUAUUUUAGGCAAAUCUAUCAUUUCUCAUACACGGUGUAUUCUUUUGUAAAGAAACAAAUAACGAAACUAAAAUUAUUAUUAAAGUAAUUUAGAAAAUAUGAAUAUUUUGUGGCAU